UUUGGUUGUAGCGGCGUGGCGGUGGAUUGAUGGCGGUUGAUGGUUGAGGUCGCUGUCAAAAGUCAGACGCUACGCUAACAAGAAUGCAGUUCCUGGGCCGUUUGCUCGACACAGUGUCCUCAGUGUCCACUCUCUUCACAAACCCAUACAGGGUGAAGGAAGUGCCCCUGGGGGACUACAGUGGCACAGGCCGAGUCCAACUCAGACAGGAGGGGCAAUUGGUCCUAUACAAGAACAGCCCCAGCCAGUCCUGGGACUGUGUGCUGCUGUGCCCCGAGACGCCCACACUUGCACUCAGGCUAUUCCAGGUGUCCAAUGAGGAAGAUGCCCUGGCCUACUUCCUACAGUACUCUGUGAAGCUGCGGCCCUUCUAUGAGACGGAGGCUCUGAAGGCCGAAAGCACUCAGCUCAUUGUGGACUGCAUCAGGAACCACCCCGAGUGGAGCACCGCACACAUCGCCAUAGAGACGGGCCAGAGGGACUGUCUCAAGCACAACCAUGUGCAGAGUGAGAUAAACUCCCAAGACAACUCAGGCCGCACCCCUCUGCACCUGGCUUGUGAGCGAGAGGAGGUGGGCUGUGUGCGAGAGCUGCUAGAGGAGAGCCAGGCCCGCACAGACAUCAAAGAUCAGAGCGGAGACACAGCUAUGCAUUAUGCAGCCAAACUGGACUCACCCACUGUCAUCCAGGUGCUGUGCUCUCAGCUGUGCCCGGGAGUGAAUGAGCUCAAUUCUGAUGGAGAGUCUCCACUCCAUGUGGCCUGUCGCCUGGGUAGGAUCCAGGCUGUCAGGGCCCUGCUGGAGGGAGGGGCCAAGAGUGAUGUCAUUGGAGGCACCGGCUACCCCAUCCACACCGCCAUGAAGUACAGUGAGAAAGAAUGUGUGGUGGAAAUCCUGAAGGCAGACGGUGGACAACUGCAGGCAGAGGAUCCCAUUUACGGUGGCACCCCUCUGCACUGGUCCAAGAACGCAGAGAUGUGCCGUCUGUUGCUGGAGAAUGGCAGUGCUUUGAACUACCUCAGUAAAACCGGAGAGAGCCCACUGCACAUUAUGACCAAGAGAGGGCGCUUGGAGGCCUCCAUGGUCCUGCUUACCCAUGGGGCCAACCCAAACCUGAAGGGUCAGAACGGAGACACAGCCCUGCACCUUGCCAUGAAGAUGGACCAUAUCGACCUGAUCAAAGCUCUUAUCGUGUUUGGAGCUGAUGUGGAGAUCCACAAUGAUCUGGGUGAGACGCCUGGGCUCUUGGCUGCACGCUCCAGCAAAGGUGCCAACAGGAAGAUCUUGCUGGACAUGCUGUGUAGUGUGGGAGUGCAGCGCUGCCACCCCCCUGCUCAUGCCCCACCCCCUGCACACUCCAGCCCCAACCCCUCCUCCAAGCAGCCUCCUGGCAUAGGGUUUGAGAACAUGUUUCUGCAGCAGACCGCUGGAGAAAGUCACAACUGUCGAGGUGACCCAGCCAUAUCCAGCAAAAGAAGGCUGGAGCGGCUGCUGUGUCUCGAUGGGGGAGGGAUCAAGGGCCUGGUUCUGAUCCAGAUGCUCAUCGCGUUAGAGAAGGAGACAGGGCGGCCUACCAGAGAGCUCUUCGAGUGGGUGGCUGGUACCAGCACCGGGGGUAUCCUGGCCCUGGCCAUCAUACAUGGGAAGUCCAUGGAGUACCUGAGGUGCCUGUACUUCCGCAUGAAGGAGCAGGUCUUCAAAGGCUCACGGCCGUAUGAGUCUGCACCACUGGAGGACUUCCUCAAGAAAGAGUUUGGAGACGAUACUAAGAUGACCGAUGUCCAGUACCCUAGGGUGAUGGUGACCAGCGUGCUGGCGGACAGACACCCAGGGGAGCUGCACAUGUUCCGAAACUACGACCCACCUUCUCCGCCCAAAGAAGCCCCAUACGCUACCACGGCUACCUUGAAGCCCCUGACAGUCCCACAGGAACAAUUGGUGUGGAGAGCGGCGCGCUCCAGUGGGGCUGCCCCUACGUACUUUCGACCAAUGGGGCGCUUUCUGGAUGGAGGGCUGCUAGCCAAUAACCCCACACUAGAUGCCCUGGCUGAAAUCCACCAAUACAAUAAAUCCCUGAAGGCUUCUGGCCAGGAUGUGAAAGUGAGAAAGGUGGGGCUGGUAGUCUCCCUUGGCACAGGUAAACCUCCUCAAGUGAUGGUGAGCUCUGUGGACGUGUUCAGACCCUCCAACCCUCUGGAACUGGCUAAGAGCAUCGUUGGAGCCAAGGAGCUGGGCAAGAUGCUGGUGGACUGUUGCACAGAUUCAGACGGCUGUGCAGUGGACAGGGCCCGAGCCUGGUGUGAGAUGACCGACACACUCUACCACAGGCUGAGUCCACAGUUGUCCCAGGAAGUGAUGCUGGAUGAGGUGGGGGACGGGGUGCUGGUGGACAUGUUGUGGGACACUCAAAUGUACUUGUACGAGAAGCGGGAUGUCCUGCAGGCACUGGCCCUGGAGCUGCUGGACCACUGACCACACCACUGACCAAAGCCUGUGUGUCUACUUGAACUAAGUUAACAAAAUGAAAAAUGUAAAAGCCCUUGUAACAUUAGUUUAUGGACUGCAUACUGGUCGCUAACUAAGGGGGAAUUGGUAUGUAGUUAAUGGUUAUUUAUUUACUUAAAUGCGUGAAAAAACUAUUAGUUCAUUUUAAACGGUUUGCAAUGGUUCAAAGUUAUUCUUCAUUUACCUUUUGCAUCCCUAAGUACUUUUCAUGACUCUCAGAGACCAGAGCAGACUACUAUCAACUACAAGCAUGGUAACCGCCUACUUCCUGAUCAUCUGACAAUAAGAGCGGACUUAUUUUGACCUCAAGAGCCAUUUUCACGAUAUAUCUGUACUUCGGCCAGACAAAUUAAUUAAGAUUAGAGAAGAAAAUAGUUCAUGACUGAAUGAAGGGCCUGCUUAAAAUCCCCCCAAAAAACUACAUGAAUAGGCACUUUAUACAUUUUACUAUUAGUUAGCAAUUAUUAUGUGGUCCCUUAACUAUCCUUUCCCCCAAAUAGUGGUGAAACAUACAGACCAAUGUGAAAAUUGAAGAUGAAGAAUGCAUUUCGUUCUCUGCCAUUGUUUGACUAUGGAAAAAGAUUAAAUACAGUCCCUAAUCUUGAUUUGAGUAGAUACUUUUUUCCACCUAGACAACUUAACAUGACUUGAAUUAAGGAUAUUUAGUCUUGAUUAAGGAGCUCUGACUUAAGUAAAAUUAUCUGCCAAGUCUUACUGCACUGAAACGACAACAAAAAAAACUUUUAUUGCACUCGAAAUAGGAAGAAAUCUUUUUCUUUCGGCAGAGUUUUUGCCCUUUAAAGUUUAAAGUGAAACUGAACACCUAAACUCCACCCACAGCCAGAAUUCAAAUAGAGCUGCUAAACGGGGCAGUACCUGGAAGACUAAAGGAGAGAGUGAGGAGGGGCGGGGUCUGGGGGACUAAAGGGGAGAGUGAUAGGCAGGAGGGGUGAGGUCUGGGGGACUAAAUGAGAGAGUGAGGGGGACGAGGUGCAGUGUCUGGGGUUAUAAGGAACCGGUCUAACAGGUAUCCACAUUUCAAACUCUGCCCCUGCAGCCAGGUGUUUGUAAUCAGAAACACGUGGCUGUAAUCAGAACAGUCCUGUGUGAUGUCACCAACUACUGGAAAUUGCAGGGGCCACUAGAGGCAGCACAGACUUGACCAGAAAACCACAAAUUUGCACUAAUAUUACAAAAGUAGUAGGUAAUGCUAUUAAAUCACCAUAUACAGAAUUUUGUUGUGAAAAAUUUGAUUUAUUGUUUAGUUCCACUUUAAAAUAUAAGUUCUAAGUUCUAGUCAUGUUAACUAACAGGGAUGCGACUUCUUUAUUUUGUAGUGCACAUUUUCUUUAAUACUGGUGCUCUUAACAUAUUGUUAAUGUGAUGGUUUUACAAUGUAAUUUUGUUUAUUUUUUCCUGUAUAAAUUAUAUAUGGUUUAAUUGGCUAUGAUGUGCAAUAUAUUGAUGAACAUACUAUGUACUGCCAUAUCAGGAUAUUAUCAGUACUGUGAGCUUUGUGUUGCAGCAAGUUGUGAAGUACACCUUUAACCAAUCAGCUGUGUUAACAUGACAUCACAACUAGAAUCCUUAUAGUUUAACCUGAGCUGGAAGACAGGUUUGAAUCCUCAGGUGGAAUUUGCUGUUUAACUGUCAGAUUGCUGCUUUGUUGACCUGGUUUCUGGUUAAUAUCUCUGUAAUCACCAGUGAUGGAGGAAGUACUAUUGUUAUUUAUGUAAAAGUACAAAUACUGGUGCAGGAAGUAAUAGUAUCACAUAAAAAAUCGACUUAAAAGUAUUAAAGUACCCCUUUAAAAUGUACUUAAAGGGUAAAAUGUAAAAGUAUUUCAUACACGUUUUGAGGCCUUAUAAAAUGUCAAAUGUAGUGCUUUUGAUACAGAUUUGUGCUGAAUUUUGUUCUACAUAAAUGGCUAGAAAAAAAACAAAAACAGAUUGAGUUGUUUUUGUUUGUUCAAAUUAUGAUUGUGUUUAAACUCCUCAACCUUUUCAGCAGGUGUCACACAAUAAUUAAAAAAUCUUUUACUUUUCAGUCCAGUUCAAAAAUGUAGUGGAAGUACAGAUACUGCUCUCAAAUGUUGUGGAGUAAAAGUAAAAAGUAUCAACUUUAAAAUGUACUUAAGUAAAGUAUCUAUACUUAAAAUGUAUACUUAAUGACAGUACUUUAAUACUUUUGCUUCAUUUGACCACUGGUAAUUACUGGGACUAUUAAUAUGAAACACAAACAGGGGUAUUGUCUGCACUCAAAAAAAAAAAAAAAAAGUUUUCCCCGCUGUAGCUUCAGAAAGAGGUGUCGUUAUUCAACCCCAAAGACAUGAUUGUUGUCAGGUGAAAGGACUGACAAAAAAAAUGACAAAAAACUAAAAAAACUAAACAGCAAAUCUCCCACAGAGUUUUACAGGCCCAUGCCCUCCAUCUGAAAUUCUGACAUCACACAAAUCUUGAAUGUCAACACAAAUUUUGUUCAUUGUUUUUUUGUUUUUUGUUUUAAAUGUGUAAUUUUUUUCACUCCACCAGGAUGUAAUUUAAAUUAAGAAAAAUAAAAUUAUACUGAAAUUAUGUUAAACAAUAGCUAAAUAAAUAAACCACACUAGUCAAAAGUAGUCUGAGCAAAGAUACCAUAUUGUGUCAUUUUAACUCUUGUCCAUGUCUUUUUUUUCCUUUUUUUUUUUUUUUUUUUGCAGUGCUGAUGUUUCGCUGUUUUUGGAUUUUAUGCAUUACAUUUUUCCACAGAAAUGAAGUAGAACAUUACUGACCUGUUCUAAUGCUGCUAUGUGAAGCCAUAAGCAACAAUGUAAGCAUCACUGGUAAACCCAAUAAAUGCUUCCACGCACUUUGGUCCGU